AUGGAGCUAAGAAGCAACACUCAGGGUAAGCACCAGAGAUCCCCAAAAAGUAUCGCAGCCAGCCUCAGUAACAGUGAGGUCCUGAACUUCUCCAUUGAUGAGGAAACCUGGGUUCCCACCAGGAACACCAACGCGACAAGCUUCUUCAUGAUGCUGAACAGUGUAUCACCUUCCCCUCCAGAGGCAGGAAGCAAUGUUCAGAUGAGACAAUGUACUAAAUAUGAGAGUAAGAGAGGGGCAUCUUCCACCACGCAGCCAGCCAUGGCUGAGACGCAAGAGCUUCCAGAAGUGGUGAGGGCCCAGCUUGAAGAGAAGGAAAACCAGAAGUACUCAGUUUUCAAGGCCAUGUCUUUCAAAUGCCAGCUGGUGGCUGGGACCAACUACUUCAUCAAGGUGGACACUGGGGGCGAGAACUUCUUGCACUUGCGAGUGUUCAAGAGCCUCCCACAUGAGAACAAGCCCCUGGUGCUGGCCGCCUACCAGACCAAGUCCAGGCAUGACGAGCUGGCCUACUUCUAG